CGGUUCUCAUGUGAUCCCAUCAACUAUCCGUGACAUCGUAUUGUCGAUCUCAUUGUUCUCCAUUAUAGCCUGAUGCAUGGAAGACACGAAGGGACAUCCCUAGCUGCAUUGGUGAAUUUGAUAUCAGUGAUUUUGGUACAGUAUUUGCAACCCGACGUCUUCUGUCUGAUGAUCACCAAGAUGUAUCAUUAUCAGCAACGGGGAUUACUAGUAACGCCAUUUCAAGGACUUGUGGACCGGAGCAGCGGGCGAUCGAUGCUACAGUUACUCCACUUACCCAUCACGCAAGGCAGCUAAGCACCAUCAAUACAGGAACAAGUACGGGC